CUCAAGUCACCCACAAUAUGCCGACGCGCACCAACAAGAACCGCAAGCUGCGCGGACACGUCUCCGGCGGUCACGGCCGCGUUGGCAAGCACCGCAAGCACCCCGGUGGUCGUGGUCUCGCCGGUGGUCAGCACCACCACCGCACCAACUUCGACAAGUACCACCCCGGCUACUUCGGCAAGGUCGGCAUGCGCUACUUCCACAUGACGCGCAACAUGACGCACCGCCCCGUCAUCAACCUCGACAAGCUCUGGACGCUCGUGCCCGCCGAGCAGCGCGAGGGCCUGACGAGCAGCUCCACCGAGGUGCCCGUCAUCGACACGCUCCUGCACGGCUACGGCAAGGUGCUCGGCAAGGGCCGCCUGCCGCAAUUGCCCUGCAUUGUCAAGGCCCGCUGGGUCUCGGAGCUGGCUGAGAAGAAGAUCAAGGAGGCUGGCGGUGUCGUUGUGCUCGUGGCCUAAAAACGACGCGCACUGCCCGUGUCCGUCUCGUCUCUUCGUCAUCUCUGCACCACACUCAACACACCUAGCUCCGCCUUGUACAUCACGCCCACACCGCUGCGGCGGUGAGCACACAGCCAUCUAUCAUGACCCUGCAGACCGGGCUGAGAGCGACGCGCAACGGAAGUGGGGGCGAGGGAGUGCAUUAGAGCGACGAGUGGGAGGCAGGGGAGUGCGUUGCUCGCAUCAGGCCAGGAAGGGGUGCGCCA